AUGGGUUUUUCUGCAGCUGAACACCCAUCCCCUCUUUCUUUGAUUGCCAUUUUCGCGUUCAUCAUCGUGUACUUGGUAAUUUCUUACCUUGUUCUUGAUCAAAUUGAUCAACACGGAGAUUCCAACGAUGAGAUUUCUGCAAUAGACUCUUGUGGCUCGGGAUUAUCUGUUGAACAAGUGCAAGAAAUCAGUUGUUACUACCUCAAAGGACAAGCAAAUUCGACAUGUGCCAUCUGCUUGGAUAGUCUUUGUGAAGCAGAAUUGUGCAGAAGUUUUCCAGCUUGUAACCAUGUAUUUCAUGCUCAAUGUCUUGAUCCUUGGUUAGCUAAAAGACCAAUUUGUCCAACAUGUCGAACACCAUUCAGGACAUAG